GUACGGGGCGUGGCGCGGUCACGUCCGGGCGGAGCCGAGGUCUGUCUGCAAACUCUCCCACACAAAAGAAAGGAAGCAUAACAAAGCCAGGAAGCCUGGCAUACACUGGACCCACGGCUCCCACUGCAGAGGAAGGGGUUGGUGUGGUUCAGCUGGAGGAGCCCCUGGCACCUAUGGGUGACACACAUGUGGGCUGAGCUCUCUGGACUGGACGGGUAUUUGACGGCGGUCUCCGGUCUUUUCCUGAAACAAACACCCAUGCACAGCCACAGUCUGUAGUGCCGCGUCUCCGGUCGAUUCCACGAAGAUCCACGGUGUUCGGCGUCGGGAUGAUGAACGGGAGUCGGCGCAGCCCGGCUGACUGUCCGGUGGGCGGUGUCUUCUCCUUGGAGGGGCUGCCGCCGCUGCCCAAAGGCCUCAGCGGGAUCCUGAACUCCAGCGGCGGGUCGUGGCGGGACAUCGAGAGGGUCCACAGCAAGAGAGCCCGGAUCCAGGCCGACAUCAGCCGGGGCGGCACGUCCACGGAGGCGCCGCGGCAGCACGGUAAACCGGGUGGACUGGACGGAGCUCUGGCUCUGCUGCGGAAGGAGAUGGUGGGUCUGCGUCAGCUCGACAUGUCUCUGCUGUGCCAGCUCUGGUCUCUCCACGAGGCUAUUCAGGAGUACAAGGGAACCACGCUUCUGUCCGAGGCCUCCUACAGCGCUGACAAUGGAUAUUCUGACGAGGAGGAGGAGGAGGACAUAGAAGAUGAAGAUGAGGAGACAGCCAGCCUCUCACAACCUCCCCCCUCCUCCUCGUCCUCAUCCUUGUCUCUGCCCCCGCCCAGCGGAAACUCCAGAGACCAGUGGAUUAAAGACUCCUUUCACAUUCCCUGAUGUUUCUGCUCCGUAUGUGACAGAAGAUACACAACACACACUGAACACUGAGACACUUUUACUGCAUUU